GUUUUCAUGCAGACCGAGCUGAAACAUGUGGCUGUACAGUGAUGGAGGGCUCAGCGCACAGCAGGACGAAAGGUUUAGUCUGAACUCAUCACGGGAUUUCAGGAACACUUUGAUCAUCUCCGUGGUCAGCUGCAGCUAGAGAUUGAAUCUGAGCUCAGAACUUCACCUGGCUGAGGUGAAUCUCUAGGAUGCGAGUGAAAAACGUACCUCAGUGUCUCUGAGGCCCGUAUCGACGGUCCGGACUGGAGUUGGCACCCCUGCCAUGGGAGCAGGGUGGGGCCAGUGUCCCGGCAGCAGUUGAUCAAUGCUCACAUCCUGUGAACCCUGCAUGUAACACGGCAGAGCGUUCCCAACACACACAGACACACAGCUGCACGGCAGAGGGAACGGCACGGCCGCUCAGAAUUAGAACCCCGGGAGAACCGAGCAGCCCCAUGGGGUAGAAGCAUCCCUAAUCGGCGUUUUCCCAGGAAUUACCAGCAAGAUGCCGUUCACAUGGAGGCCCAGAGGACCUGUGAGAUUUUGACUAUGUGGCAUUAAAGUGGUGAAAAUCUGACCAUGGGUGACUGGAACCUGCUGGGCAGCAUCCUAGAAGAGGUCCACAUUCAUUCCACCAUCGUAGGGAAGAUCUGGCUCACCAUCCUCUUCAUCUUCCGCAUGCUGAUCCUGGGAGCUGCAGCGGAGGACGUCUGGGAUGACGAGCAGUCGGAGUUCGUCUGCAACACGGACCAACCAGGCUGCAAGACGGUCUGCUACGACCGGGCCUUCCCCAUUUCCCUCAUUCGCUACUGGGUGCUGCAGGUCAUCUUUGUGUCUGCGCCCUCUCUGGUCUACAUGGGCCAUGCUCUGUACUGCAUCAGGGCGCUGGAGAAGGAACGCCACCGGCGGCGGAUCCAACUGAAGGGGGAGAUGGACGAGGCAGAACUUGGACUGGAGGAUCACAAACGCAUAGAGAGGGAGCUGAGGAAGCUGGAGGAGCAGAAGAAGGUGAAGAAGGCUCCUCUUAGAGGCUCUCUGCUGAGAACCUACAUUAUCCAUAUCCUUACUCGCUCUCUGGUGGAGGUUUGCUUCAUCCUGGGCCAGUAUAUCCUGUAUGGAAUCCAUCUGGAGCCCCUGUAUAGGUGUGAGAGGCUACCAUGCCCCAACAGUGUGGACUGCUACAUCUCCAGGCCCACAGAAAAGACCAUUUUCAUGUUUUUUAUGACCAUCAUUGCUGGAGUUUCAUUAUUCUUGAACAUUUUGGAGAUUCUCCACUUAGGCAUCCGUAAAAUCAAACAGACUCUGUGUGGAGAGAGGUACACUGAGGACGACAGUCUAAUCUUAAGGUCCAAAAAGAAGGCAUCCUUACAACAGCUUUGUGUCAUGAGCCAUGUUUCCCCUCACAACGGGCCUCUGACUCAGACCUUCAAGGUGAUUCAGGAGGCUGACAUGAAGCCUCUUCAUUACACAAUCCACGAUCCGCCAAGACACAACAGCUUGGUUCAUCUGGGUCAAACCGGCUACAGCUGCCCUCCAGCAAGGAUGAUACCCAGGUCUGUAGAGAUCUGUGCAACUUCACAAACCGCUGAAGGUCCAGAGGUCCACGCAGUUACCAUGGACCACCAUCCAGCCUGGAACUCUGCCAUGUCCACAGUGGAGGAGGAUACAACCAGCCAAGCAGAAAUCCAGGAGGAGCAGCAUCCUCAGCCCAGCCAUUUGGACCCUGUGCUGUCUGGGAGCACCAUAAGGCCUGCAGCCAUCAGAACCAUCAAUGAGGAAGAGAGACGACAGUCUACGGUCAGCGACUUCCUGAUUCCCAACCCCAGAAGGACCAGCUUCAUGAUCAGGCCUCCAUCCGAAAGCCUGUCCUCCAUGAGCGCCUCCACCAGCCAAUCCUUGCACAGCUCGGAGGAGUCCGAUGAGCUGGGAUCUCUCCAGGGAGACAUGCCGAUGAUGCCGCCAGCUGGAGGCCGACGAAUGUCAAUGAGCAUGUUUCUGGAUAUUUCCUCAAUCAUGAAGAAGUGAAGAGACGAGGCUGAGUUACAGCAGCUGGAGACAAACUGUAUCAGCGAUCCAUCGAUUCUCAGACCGAGACACAUGCGGCCAGGAUCGGCCAUGAUGAGGCAGCGGAUGAUUCAAAGCACCUUACAAAGUCUGCCGGAGUGUUUCACUGCCAACAGGAUCGGGCUUAAAGAGGAUCUGCUUGAUUCUGUAACUCUGAGUUUUUACGUCAAGGACAGAUUCAGUCUGUGUAGUCAUUUAUAUGAAAACCCCUUCAGUUCAUUCAGAUUUAAAACAAGAACAGAACCACUUGAACAUGUUUAACCAGAACACACCAUCAACAGUCCUCAUGCUUUUAUUUCUCUACAAAAACAGGGUGUUUUUUUUUUUGUUCCUGUCAGACUUUUUUUUUCUUAUCAAAUAAAUGGGAUGUG